GGUUUGAGCUUAAGAGGAUUAGGAGAAGGAUGUAAUGGAUUAUUAUAAAAGAAAAGGUUUAUAAUAUUAAAUGUUGAUGAUAAGUGAGACAAGUGCUAAUAGAUGUUGGCUUUAGACAAAUCAUGUGCUUAAUCUUCUAAAUUAUAAGAGUGAUUAGCAUCCCUAAACCAACACGUGUCAUCGAAUCUCACGGUCCGAUUACCUACCAAUUGUCUACCCACACGGACCUGCUCUUACUUCUUCUCCAUUUCUCCUCCUUCUUCUGUCAAAAACACACACACACGCUUUCUCUGUAAGACUCCAUUAAAGAAACAAACCCAAGUUCCUCAGCUUCUACCUACCGCAAGAAGAGGCCUUAUUUUUGUCUUGUGUGUUGUUUUUUUGGCAAAAUGUUGUGGUGAAAGUGCUUAAUUCUGCACAAAAAUGGCUUUUCAAGAUCAUAUUUCACAUGAAAUUACUUUUCAAUCACCACUCUCUGCCUCUGCCUCUUCCUCGACCUCUGCUGGUCCAGCGUGGCUUAGCAACGCUGUACUCCGUCUCAACGACGAUGUUUUGGGCCGGAGCCGAAGUGAGAAAGCCGGCCUUAAUAAUAGUAACAACGGUGGAGAGGAUGAGUUGAUGGAUGGAGGCGGUGGUGGUGGGGAUAAUUGGGAAAGGGCGAAGUACAAGGCGGAGAUAUUGGGUCAUCCGCUUUAUGACCAGUUGCUAGCAGCCCAUGUCGCUUGUUUGAGGAUAGCUACGCCGGUGGACCAGCUGGCCAGGAUCGACGCUCAGCUCGCUCAGUCGCAGGAAGUGGUGGCUAAGUACUCCGUGCUUGGAAAUGGCCAAGUGGUGGACGAGAAAGAGCUUGAUCAGUUUAUGACACAAUAUGUUCUAUUACUCUGUUCCUUUAAAGACCAAUUGCAACAACACGUUCGAGUUCAUGCUAUGGAGGCUGUAAUGGCUUGCUGGGAGCUUGAGCAAUCUUUGCAAAGCUUAACAGGUGCAUCCCUGGGUGAAGGCACAGGUGCAACAAUGUCUGAUGAUGAUGAUGACCAGGCAGAUAGUGACACCAACUUAUAUGAUGGAGGUCUGGAUGGGGCAGAUUACAUGGGAUUUGGUCCUCUUGUCCCCACUGAAACUGAGAGAUCAUUGAUGGAGCAUGUAAGGAAAGAAUUAAAGCAUGAACUGAAACAGGGUUACAAAGAGAAGAUUGUGGAUAUUAGAGAGGAGAUUCUACGUAAAAGAAGGGCAGGAAAAUUGCCGGGAGAUACCACCUCCCUCUUAAAAGCUUGGUGGCAAUCGCACUCUAAGUGGCCAUAUCCAACUGAGGAAGACAAAGCAAGGCUGGUUCAGGAAACAGGAUUGCAGUUAAAGCAGAUAAACAACUGGUUCAUAAACCAAAGAAAAAGGAACUGGCAUAGCAAUCCUUCAGGAUCUACUACGAAGAGCAAGCGCAAGAACAAUGCAGGUGAAAUAAGUGGCGGAUAAAUGGGAAAACUUGGUGGAGGACUUUACAUUUGCUAUCCUUGACUGGAGAAGUUCAUCACAUCAGAUCCACUGCAACGAGAAAGAAUCAACGUAUACGCGUAGCUUAAAAUUUCUAUUUCGAUUUCCCCCACUUGGCUAUACAGGAACAUUAAAUCACGGUAAAGUAGGCUGCUAUUCUGAGAGAUGGAUUAAACUCAGCAGCUCACCUGUUAAGUCCAGUUGACAAGUAUAUAGUUGAAGACAUGCUGAUGCAUAUAUAUACAUAUAUCCUUGUUUUUUUAAACAACAAGCACAUGAGAUUGUUUAAAUAGCUUAUUUUUGUGCCACAGGCCUGUAACUUUGUAGUAUUUGGUUUGUGCUCCUAUAUAUAUCUGUGAUGAGAACAUCUGUUUUAUAAUUUGAAGUUGUCUGCUCACAACUUGUAAGAGUAGGAAGAAAGCUAGCCUUUA